GUGUGUGUGCGUGUGUAUGUAUGUGUGUGUGUGGAUGGUGGACUGUUCCCGGUGAAAAACACCGAUCUCCGGCCGCAUGAAAAAUGCCCCACCGCCGCGUGUAGCAGGGUGAAGAUCGAGGAGGAGGAGGAGGAGGAGAGACAGAGCAGGAUCUCUAAAAAAAAAAAACCUUUUUUUUUUUUAGAGGAUAAAAUAAACAGCAGGAUGUUGCAAGUUUUAGCUUGUGGCGCCGUAGUUUUCCCCGGUCUGUUCUUCGCCUUCAGGAGAUUCCUGCCGUGUGUGUUCAAACACUGGAGCGAUGCCGACGUGGUGCUGGUCAGCGAGAGGCUGGUGUCCUCCAUCCAUGCUGUCAUGGCGACCACAGCAGGAGUCAUUGUUGUGGCGUCAUGCCGGGGCAACGUCAUCAAUGACAGGCACUGGCUGGCAACCUACUUUGUCAUCUGGUACGGUGUGCCCUACAUGACAUACGACAUCUUCGCCAUGUACCUCAGCCACUACCACCGCUUCCGCGUCAAAGGGCACGAGGAGUACAAGCAGCAUUCACUGAAGACCGUGAACUCCUUCGUCCGCAGAGAGUUCCUGCUGGUGUUGCAUCACAUUGCCCUGCUCACUAUCCUGCUGCCUGUCACACUGUUCUUCAGAAGGGACCAGGGGGAUUUCUUCAUCGGCUGCUUGUUUCUAACGGAGCUCAGCACACCCUUCGUCUCCCUGGGGAAGAUACUUAUUCAGCUCAGCCUCCAGGACCUCUGGCUGCACAAGCUCAACGGCGGUAUGGUACUACUCACCUUCUUUUUUUGCCGCAUCGCCCUCUUCCCCUACAUGUACUGGAUGUACGGCCAACACUACAGCAUCCCGCUCUACAGCGUUCCCUUCCACCUGCCGCUGUCCGCCAACCUAGGCAACUCGUGCAUCCUGGCGCCGCAGGUCUACUGGUUCGUUCUGCUUUGCCGAAAGGGCUGGCGUCUGUACCGGCGUAGCCGUAGGCCAGACUCGUCACCCGCGGCCGCCGUCACUGACAAUUCAAAGGACGAUUGAUAUCCAGUUCACAAAUGCUCGCUCAAGCUGCACACUCAGCUACUAACGCAACUACUUCUGCAAAGGCACUAGAUUGACUUAACACAUUUCAAACCCCACCAUUGUACUGUAGUACACCAGGACUGCCAGCACUCCUUGGCAUUUUCCGCACACUUUUAACUCCUCGGUUACAAAUCUGCUGCCUAAAAAGUGGACCUCUCCACCAAUCCAACUCUACUACUGAAGUUUGAUGAUUUAGGUUUUUAUUGGGUUUGGCUCUUGCCUGGAACUUGUUGGAGUGCUACGCCGCGUCUGAAGAAAGAGUGAAAACGUGGAGUAAAAGCACCAGAAACUGAGGAGGCGCUUCCAUGGAAAGAAAUAAUCUUUAUCUGUAACUCCUACUGUGUUUACAGCCUCUGCUGAUCUGGACGGUCUGUUACAGCGUGUGUGAGUAGCUGUUACGAACAGAUUGUAUUUAUUUUGAUGGUUUUGCGUUUUCACUCCCAUUCAUUCACUUAUCACAUAGAUAUGAAGGGAUGCGAAAUCAGGCAGUAUUAGAAGGAAAAAAAUGUGAGGAACAUGUGUGACCUCAUUGACAUCUGAGAGCUAAUUUAUAUAUAUAUAUAUUUUUUGCAAUAGCUACCUUUGUUUAUAACCCCGUCAAUGUGAUAGGUUGACUUUUCACCCCUGUUGGUUUUUUUGUGGUUUCCCAUACAGCAUGUCACCAUGGCAUCAGUUUGCAGCAGCAAUCCUACCUUCCUCACUGUAUCAUCCAGCACAGAUAUUUCCAGUAGCCGUCCCCUUCAAUAAGAGUUUUGUAUGUAUAGUAUAUCCCGCAGAAUUAUUGCUAAAUCUUCCUACUUCCAAAGCUUCCUACUUGGAAAAUUUUUGUUUUGUUUUUAUUUUUGUUUUUUGAAUGUUGUCAGGAAUUGGUAAUAACCUCCAAUGUUAACAAACUCAUGCUUCAUUCCCAUAAAACGAAGAUUUCCAUCACAUAAGUCACUUUCAUGGUUGCUCGUCUUGGAAGUCAUGCUAGAUUUUUAUUUUAUUUUUUGCAAAGUUUGGUUUCCUGUGACGUGACAUCAACCUAAUUACACAGCAAAAAAUACAGACUAGAUUGCUUACGAUGUCUGAAUAAUGAUGUAAAGCCAAUAGCCCUCUGUUAGAGAACAUAAUACAUUUGGACUCAUUCAGAUUCAAAUUUCUGCUGCGUUAGGUCGGUAUCAUUUUUACAGGAAAGAGGGCAAGUUUAUUUUUUGCUACUGAGAGACUCAUCUUCUGAAUCCAAAUCUCUUGUUAGAUGACACUGUAGCAUUGCAGCUGCCACAGAAAUGUGCCAUGCUGACAGCUAGAGCUGACGUGGAGCAGCUUGUGACGGCGCAGUCAGUGAGGGUCACUCGUGGUCAGAUGUCCAGUCGAAAGUCAGUCAGAUCUGCCUGUCAGACCCUGUCAAAGGUGGUGAUGAGGACUAAUUUAGGUUUCACUUUUAGGUCAGAUGGUGCCUGGUUGAUCUCAGGGCUGAGGUCAGAGCAAUAACUUAUGCUAAGGAUUGAAACUUUGGCGCAGUGAACCACAAAAAAAUCAAGUAAAUCAGGAGGUAGUAUCUAAGAACGACAUCCAGUUACUUUUUCCUAGAGGCUCCGGAGAUUUGUAGGCACUAGUGUUAUGAGGUGUUGCAUUGACUACUUUACACACACUAUAGGUUUUUAGAGAUUUACAUCAUAUUUUAGUUUCAUCACACACACAAAAAAAGAUUUAAAACCAUAUCUAAACCGAUAUCCAGAGACGUUGUUGCUAGACUUGAGAGGACAAUUUUUAUCAUGCAAAGCUAUUUUUAAUUUCUGUUGGAGCCACAGGUGCAGAAAGACAUUUAUCUUAUGAGAGAAAAUCAAUGUCACCUGCUUUACUUUUGAAUACGAUUAAGCAGAAGCUGUUAUGUUCAAUAACAAAUGCUGCAGGGUUAGUUUCACACACACAUCUUAGACCCUUGUAUAAUAUUCUUGGUCAUAUAAGCUUUAUAGUAAACUAACUGAUUCAGAAUGCAUUAACGGGCUUUUUCAAUGUCCUGCAAAUUUAAUCUAUGCAAAAGGGGCUGCCGUGCAUGUAUACAAGACUGAAGUCAAGUCAUAUCUAAUUGAUCCAGGCCUUAGUACGUUGCGUUGUUUCUGAAUGUUUUUUGGGGACCCUACAUUUAUUUCUACUGUACAUUUCUACUGGGACUCCACACCACAACUCACCACAAGUCUCGUGUUGCAUUCCAGUCGAAUAGGAAGUUGAAAAUUGUUUGCUUUGUCUUUCAAAUUUACCUCACAAGUGUUUUGAUUAAUUCAAAUUUAAGUAGAGCUGAAAGAAAAGAAGGAAAAAACAAAACAAAAAAACAGGUGUAUGUUGAUCAUUAUUUGCAAUCUGUGUGAAGGAUUUUAGCGUCAUACUCGUUUACAACAGCAGCUCAGUUGACAAAUCUGAGUUUCCCCCUAAAAAGGGCUCUCACCUUUUCAAAAAAACUCCAUUUUAAAUGCAACUCACAUAGCCUCAGUAACCUGCAGAUGUUUGUUGCUGUGUUUCAGGCAGUUGCAGUUUUUAACAGGCAGGAAACAGUCCCAAACUUUAUCUACCAUUUUUGGGUCUUUUGGUUUUGAAGUCCAAAAUGUGCACAUCAUUCAGCACAGUGAAGUGGUUUCCUCUAUUGUAGAACAAUUUACUCAUAGGAUUAAAGUGAUGAUUCAUUUCACGAAUGUGUGGUGCUCAUACAUUGUGAAUUUCAAAAUUGAGACCAACGAUUAUGGAUUAAACAGUUUUUUAAAAAGUAUUAAAAGUGACAGUCUUUUAAGUUUCUUGAAGGAAAUAAAAGUUCCAACUUACUGGCAUAUAUGACACCAUCAAGACUGCUUCAAAUGCCAGUGUCUUAUGUUGCACUGUUGGUUUCUGUAGUGUCAUCAUGGCCGUGUAGGAAUCUUACAUUCUGCACCCAUGAAUGGCAAACAAAUUGGUAUCCAGCACCUACUGGGAACAGUGGUGUAGGAAAAAGGUGAUGAGUCAUCUUGCUGGUUGCCUGCCUGACCAGCAACGUGAGGACAAGGGAGUAAGGAGAGCCGAGCUGCUGAAUGAUGGGGUUUGUUUGUCUGGCUUGGCUGGAGACCAGGAGAGUGCAGGGCUCUUUUGUCCGUGGCUCACCACCAGGACACUGUUACUGGAAACAUCCCAGGCUUUUUUUUAUUUUGUUCUGCUUUCUGUCUUUUCUUUCAGCUGAGGUCACUCUCACUCUUUUUUUUCUGCUUUCAUGUCCAGCCUUGGCCUCUUGCAUCCACAUGCCUGCAGGGAUAAAUGAAAUGAUGGUUAUCUGUGACCUGCAGCAGUCACCAGGUCUCUUGGCUUAUGUGGUCUGCAAUGAUAGAAAGUUGCUCAGAGUUAGCAGAGCUGAGUAAGCCCCCCUGCCUCCUCCUCCUCCCCCUCCUCUUCCUCCUCCUCUCUGCUGCCAUCUGUUGUCAGGAUUAUCUGCUUGUACACUCAGCAGUUUAUAGGUAGAAUUAAUGGGGCUAGGCAGGCAUUUCCUAUUGAUAUUGUGCAUGUCUUUUUUAUGUAGUUUGCCACCUUGAGAUAAAUUGAUCUCAGUUUUAAGCCUCCAUGACCUCACCCUUCACUAAAUACACCGAAACAACUGACAUGAGGGUCUAUGUUAAUGCUUUGGGAUUGGUGGUACUGAUUCGAUGAAUCGGCAUUGUUAAAUUUGAUCAUUUUAACUCCUGAAAUAGUUUGAUAGAAAUAUAUUCUUGUUUUAAAUUGGGAAACCGCAUGUAUACCACGAUGCGAUAGAGAGUAGUAGUAGUUCCUGACCCUAAAAUGAAGCCUGUCAUGAUCAUUUGAGCUUGACUUCCCGUAAAACUGCUUCAUAGCUUUUGAAGAAGUCAGUGAGUCACUGAAUUUGGCAGGUCCAUUUGACGGAGAGUUUGGGAAAAACCGUCCAAUAGAGGGAAUAUAAUUGUAGGCUCACUGCUUUGGAUCCAUAAGAUUUUAACAGAAGUCCAUAGAUGUUGCUCUAAAAUCAUCAUUUAAAAAAAACAUACAACAUUCCACCUUUUUUUUUCUCUGGAUUUAAUCAUCAAAAGUUCACAUUUUUUUGUUAGUUUUACCUUUCUUUUAAUCUCGGCCUUCUGGAAAUUAAGAAAGCUAAAUUAUAUACUCAUUAGUUUGUGUGUCCAAAAUUCAAAUGUAAUUUCUUGUACUUCAUAUCAGUCCUAGAGACACUGACUAGCCAAUGCCUGAUUUUAAAAACACACUCAUAUCCGAUAAAUUGGUAUAAACUGAAAUCAGCCCAGAUUGUGCUUUGACCUGACUACAGUGUUUGGUUCUUGUGAGGUUCAUAAUCAAUUAAGGGACGGCGAGCCACAUUAAUUCCACCGCUUGACAUCUGAAUCACUGCCACAUACAACAUCUGAUCCUAAACCUUGCAAAUCCCUCAGUAAAGACAUAUGAAAAAGGUUCAAAGCAUGCAGACUGCACAUAUGUUAACAGGUAUAUUUGUCACGUGAUAGAUUCUUAAUGUAGGAAGUCUUAUCCUCUUUGCUCAGGGUUUGAUGAAAUAUGAUAAAAUUGCUAACACAUGUAUGUAUAAUCUAGAGGUUUAUUGUAAGAUGAUGAAACUGAGGUUUUGAGAGUUAUUCUGAACAUGAUCACAUCUAGAAUGGUAUGCUGUUUUCUUUUCUAUAUGAUGUUUUUAAAGGGUUUUUUUUUUUUUUUCCCUUAUAGAUUUUUCUAAUAUUUAUGCUUUCUGACAUGGCUUGUGAUAUUUAACUUUUAAGGGUUGGUAAACCAAAGACUGUCAGACACUUAAUCAUAGUAACUAUUGUGAUAUAUUAAAAAAAUAUCCAUUUGAUUUUCAGUCUUUUAGACCUGCUGUAGAUUGUUUGACUUCAUAGCUAAGUGACUCACUUCUCACUUAAAAAAAAACACAACUACCCUCCAGUCUUAUCCUCUUUCUCGGGGUCCCAGGAAGUGACCAACUUGAGUUUGUGAUAGGUGUUUCCUCUGAAGAUAAAUUGGUGGAUGAAAUACAGACUUGCUCGCUGUUUAGUUAAUUCUCCACUAAUACACACUCUUAACUUACAUGUGCUUUUGUUCAAGUCACUGACAUUUUGCUCAUUGGUUGUGAAACUACAUAAUGCAUUGUUUUUGGCCACAUUUCCUUCCUAUCCCUUGCCUUAGUAUGUAAGGAUACAUUUUUAUCUUGUGACAGCUGUUGAAUGGGAACAUGGACACCAAAAUUAGCAUGUAUAUACUUACAUAGUACAUGCUAACACUUUAUCUUACACUGUGUGGUUAUAAUAAGCUCCAAGUUCACUUUUAGCUGAUGUUGAGUCGUAGUUGACUUCAAGCCGUAGACUGUAUACAUUUCUAAAUAAAUACUAUAUAUUACAGUUUAUGCUUCAAGUCAACAUCUCGUCACAAGCUGUUAUACUUGGCUCCAUGUUAACACUUAGGCAUUUGAGUAAUUUUUCACUCUAUGCUAACACUUCAACACAUGCUGCUAUGUACUGAGUGGUUGUAAACUAAAUGCGAACACUAUAGGUUGAGUACUUAGCUCCAAGUUAACACUUCAUAUAUGUUUAGUGGUAGGCGACUCCAUGCUAACACGCUAGCGUAGGCCUACGCUAAGUUGAGCAGUAGUCAACAUACUGCUAACAUUAUUUCGAGUGAGAUUUUACUCCAUGAUACCACUUAAGCUCAUGUUACUAUGAGUUGAGUGGUUGUAAACUGAAUGCUAACACUAUGUUCAAUAUGUACCUCUGAUUCUCUGCCCAUAGUCGAAGCUGCCCAAAUAUCAGCUAGUAAAAACAUAGACGUCAGAGCCCAUAAGGUUUUGACAGCCCUCUUGUGAGCCCUCUUGUGUGUCUAAAGACAGAUCUAUGGGAGACGGAGCUGAUCAGAAAUGCAGAUUAAAGAAAUAAUCAGUGAGAAGAAGCAUUCAGGAACAGAGGAAAUUAUAAAUGGGCCUGUUUGAAGCCAGGAAACAUUUCCCUAUUACACUGUUUUGGUCCAAAAAUAUAUGAGAACGUGUCUUUUUAGACGUGUUGUAAAUAGUACAAUAGUCAACAACCAGGCAGACAGCAGAAGCUAAUUUUGGUGUCUAUAUGUUCUCAUUUUUUUUAAAUGGCACAUGCUAAUUCCUUUGUGAUUUCACAUCCAAAAAUAACAUACAUAUGUCUAGCGUUGCUGUAGCUUUUUGAGGUAUGAAUGGGAAUUAUAUUUGCGUGUUGGGAUUGGUCCCCCCCCUCCCUCGUGGCACUUUUUGUGUAAUUGUGCUGCUUCGUAUUCUCACACAUGCAUUCAGGGUUGGUCCCUUUCCUCGUGGGAUGUGACAGGAUUUGGGCUGGAGUGGGCUGGUGGGGUUUGUAGUGGGUUAAAGAUUACAUUUAUGCAGUUAGAACGGGUUUUUAAAUUGUGGCCUAUAAUGCUACGUACAUGCCAUGUUAGAUGUAAAUAUGAGCUGCUGGAAGGACACUAAUAUGCUGGGAUCAGACUACACAGUAUCAGCCCAAAAGUAGCCCAAAAAUGAGCAUAAACUAUGAUAACUGCUCAUAUCAAGAUCUAAUCUGACCCAAUAACCAUCUCAAAAAGGCUAAAAUACUGCAUAGUCUGAUCUUGGCAUUAGUUCUUAUUACAAAUGGAACGUGUAAGCUAAUUUUUUAUCAAUUUUUUGUUAACACUUAAUUGGCAACAGUUGCAAAAUGUUUAAAAAUGGAUAGAAAUUCAGAGAUCAUUAGUAAAAAAUAAUACACAUUUUCAGUUAUAAUGAUGCAUAUAUACAAAGCUCUACUGACGACAUCUAAAGUGACAUCGGUUUCACUUUUUUCAUUAUGUGUUUUAAAUUUAUUAAUAAAUAUAAUUAUGAGUGGGGUGUUCUAUUGAUUUUAAACAUCGAUAUUAUGUUAGAUUUACUCUGAUAUGAUGUGAAUGCGCCAUUAGACUGAUGGAAAAUGCACAAACAUGACUGAAACAAUUUAGCGUUCAGAUUUUAAUUUUUAUUUCUUUACGGAUGAGCUUGCGCUGCAUAAACUGUAUUGCUGGGACUGAUUUUGAUCUGUGGACAGUGAACCAAAUUUGGUCUCUGGUGCCUUGUGAAAAAUCUAUUUGUGAUACCCACAAAAACUAAAUGUGAAGAAACUAAGCUGGCAGGCAGUGUUUACAGGUUGUGGCUGUAUUUAUCAUGUUUAUCACUGUAUCAUCUGAAUCAUUAUUUAUAUUUUAACAGGUUGAAACUGUUUGAAACGAAUCGCUAUACAUUUACUGCAAGAAUGAGAAUGAAACCUGCGAUCCCUUUUGAAAUUAUUAGCAAGUUUAAGGUCUUUAUAUUAUUAUUUUGUAGUAUUUCAUAUUUUGUAGCAUUACAAAUCCCAUAAUUUAGGUUUUUUUUUGUUUUGUUUUUUUAAAUGGAUGCACAUCAUUUGAGGUUGAUACCCUUUAAAUCACAGAUAUAUCGUAGUCUUGACUUUGUUUGCUGUGUUUCUGUGUUUGUUUUUAGAUCUGUCAUCUGUCAGUUUAGUGGAUGUGUGUAUGUUUUGGAGAUUUGAAUCUUGACCUGCUGUCCAUAUCACUCACCGUUCCGCCAUAUGGGUGUGUUACUGACUUAAAUGCAGCACCUUCACAACCUUUAACACUUCCUGCCCCACAUUAUUUUUGAUAGCAUUCUAAUUUUUCAUAUAUAUAUAUAUAUAUAUAUAUAUAUCUAUAUCUCUAUAUAUAUAUCUAUAUAUAUAUCUAUAUAUAUAUCUAUAUAUAUAUCUAUAUAUAUAUCUAUAUAUCUAUAUAUAUAUAUAUAUAUAUAUAUAUAUACAUAUAUAUAUAUAUAUACAUAUAUAUAU